CACAGCAGAGCGAAUUGGCGAGAUUAACCCAAAUAGCCUUCGUCAGUAGGGGAAAACGCUCCGUAUCCGUCGUGUGUAAUAUGCGCUAGGGCGCAGACGGCCGACGCCAUGGACUUCUACAUCAACCUGAAGGUGAAUUUCCGAGGAAAUUCCAAAAAUUUCCUCCUGUCGGGAUCCGAGACUAAGAGCUGGGAGUCGAUGGAGGCCAUGGUGAAGCGAUCGUUCGGCUUGUGCAGUCUUCAGCUGACCUAUUUCGAUGAGGAGAACGAGGAGGUGUCCAUUAACAGCCAAGUGGAGUACGAGGAGGCACUGAAGAGUGCAGCGAGGCAGGGGAACCGACUUCACAUGAAUGUGUACGAGACCCGGGGCCAGCCUGCGAGGGUCUCCACCACCAAAGCCAGCGGCACAGAGCCCAAGAGGGGCUUCAGGCCCCCACAGCACUGCCCCGCUCUGGCCCAGGUGGUCAGCCGCAAAGUCCAGGCUGCAGUGCCAGAGCAGGGCAUGGUGAUCAUGAAAGAUGUGAAGGGGACCAAAGAAGAAGAUAAGACUCCUCCAGCCUGGUUCACCUCCUACAUGGAGAAGUUUAAGGACCAGGUGGUGCGGGAGGCGGUGGAGAAGAUCUGCCGCGAGUUCUCUGGACAGUGCUGCAUUCACAAACCCCUGGGAGGAGCAGGAGCAGGUGCAGGAGUUGGAGGAGGCAGAGGGGAGGCGGUAGGAGGAGUGGAGGCCCAGCAGGUCCCUGAGGUUUCCUCCUCUACUCUGCCUGGAGCUCCAACCUCCUCCACUCCUCCGUGCUCCUCCUGCCGGGGGCAGACCACUGGAGGAGGCUACCAGUGCAGUGUGUGUACCUCCUGCACUCUGUGCGAGCCGUGCAGUUUCUCUCAUGAUCCCAGUCACAACCUGGUGAGAGCCCGGACCCCUCUGUCCAUCCCAGAGCACGGAUCACCUGCCCCGGACCACAGCAGGUUCUACAGGCGAGGCGAUCGCAGCUUCCGGAAGGCGGAGAAGCAGCGUCUGAAAGCGGAGAAGCGCCUGCUGAAGGCCGAGGUCAAAGAGAUCCGCAAACAGCUGAGGAUGGAGAGGCGGGGCAUACAGUGGAGCUCCUCCCACAGAGAGGGAAGCUCCUCCCCUGUGCUCCUGCAGCCGCGAGCCACCCAGCACAACAGCCCCGAGCGCCCAAAGCGUCCCUGUCCCCUGGUGGUUCCAGCCAUGACGGCUGCAUUUCUGGACGAGAACCUUCCUGAUGGAACCCGACUGCGCCCCGGGACCAAGUUUAUCAAGUACUGGAAGAUGAGGAACACUGGAACAAUCUGCUGGAGUGCUGAUACUAAGCUGAAGUUCAUGUGGGGGAACCUGGCGGUGGGAUCUGGGGACCGCUGGAGAGAAGUGUCUGUUCCUUUUCUGCAGCCGGGACAGGUCGGUAUAGUGAGUGUGGCGCUGUGCGCUCCCACCGUGGAGGGCUCCUACACCUCCCACUGGCGUCUGGCCCACGCUGGAGAGCAGUUUGGACCCAGGGUGUGGUGCAGCAUCGUGGUGGAUCCUCUGGCCCCGGCACCCAUGAUGGCUGAUGGGAUCCUGGUGUCGCCCUGUGUCACACCACAGGGUAAGAACCCGGUGGCAAAGGAUGGAAAAACCUGUGCAGCUUCCAGGGAGCAACCGUUAAUGUCAGUGGACCAAGAGGAGUACUACAUCCCCUCUGUGGACCUGCUCACUGCUCAGGACCUUCUGUCUUUUGAGCUGCUGGACAUCAACAUUGUCCAAGAGCUGGAGAGCGUCCCAAACAACACCCCUGCAGACAUGACCCCGUGCAUGUCCCCUCUGCCUCAAGACGGACACCUACAGGACAAGAGCAGUCCCUCUUUGGGUCUCAUCCAGGAAGAGACUGAAGUCAUCAAUAGCAUCAUGGAUGUCCCUCAUGGGGCGGGGUCUGGAGCUGAGGGGGGCGGAGUCCCGGCUCAGGAGGAAGGGGAGGAUGACAUCAGCGGGACUCAGUUUGUUUGUGAGACUGUGAUUCGCUCCAUGACCCUGGAGGAGGCGCCGGACCACGCUCCUCUAAGAGGGUCCCGCCCAGGGACAGUGGUGCGUCCGGCUGCUCAGGGCGGCUCCUCCUCCUCCUCCUCCUGUGUGAAGAGUAAAACAGUGAAGCCAGAGGAGAGCCCAGACAGCAGCCCCAGCACCUCCAAGAACCCCCUGAAACCGCCGGCUACGCUGAAGGCCUCCCUCCCUCCCCCGCUCAAAGCCUCCCUGCCUGCUCCGCUGUCUGUGGCCCCGACCUCAGGACCCGGCCCCAGCUCAGCACCCACCCCGCUCCUUGCUCCGCCCAGGUCCUCCACGCUGCAGGAGCACACAGUUGAAGGUGAGGAGUCCCACAUGGAGAGUAUGUGUGUGAAGGAGAGAGAGAAAGGUGCACAGGAUGAAAAGGAGAAAGAGGGUGAGGAGAAGAGAGAAAGGACCAGGAGUCGCUCCUCCUCCACCUCCUCAGAGGAUUAUAUCAUCAUCCUCCCUGACUGCUUUGACACCAGUCGGCCUCUGGGGGAGUCCAUGUACAGCUCUGCUCUGUCCCAGCCCGGUGACAUCCCAGCCAAGACCCCCACAGACCCAGACACACCAUCUCUGGACCACCCGACCAGCUCCAUCCCAGACGGCGAGCUGGCGGAUGAAGCCACAGCAGCUCCAGGGGCGGGGAUGUCAGGCGCCAGCAGCGCCAAUGACAUGCUUUGUACGUCUCAGACGCUGGACGAUGAGCCGCUAACACCUGAAGUGGUGGCCCCACCUACAGCCAUCGUCCCACCCAGUCCAGGGAGCAGUGCAGAAACAGACGCUGACCCAGCUGCUGCUGUAGAAGGAGCAGACGGCUCUGAACUGUACCAGACUGACAAUGCCUCUGGUCCUGAACAAACUCCAACAGAUGAUACCGAAGCUACUGAGGACACAGAGGAAGACAACACUGACGACCCGAGGCACCCAGGCAUCACCAGCGGCCUGGUGAAAGGAGCUCUGUCAGUAGCUGCUUCUGCCUACAAAGCUCUGUUCACUGGACAGGGCCCCACACAGCCUCCAGUGGACGCGUCCACCCAGGACACCAUGAUGGCUGUCCUGGUGGAGAUGGGUUUCGGGGACCGGCCGCUCAACCAGAGGCUGUUGAAGAAGUACAACUACAACCUGCUAGAUGUGGUCAAUGAGCUUGUUCAGAUGACUGACAAUGACUGGUACUCAACACGCUACUGACCACAGAAAGAGGGCAAACAGAGCAGGAAAAGGAGAGAAGGAAAGACUGGGAGAGAGGGAUUCAUUUCUGCUCAUCUACCUUUUUGCCUUCCUUCUUCUGCCCAUUUCUCGUCUGAUUGGUCCAGUUUGAUGGAGAUCAAUUAUCUCUAUGACCAUAUAAGGAGACAUUCCAGCAAACUCUCUGGGCUCAAACACCUGCUGACUGUAGUAUUACUUUGAGCUUAGGUCUUGAUAGUGGCAGGGCAGCUGCUCUGCAUAGGAACUAAAGAGAGAUAAAGAAAAAUACGCAUUCUUAAAGUCUUAAAGGAGCUAUGUGUAGCAUUUAGCAUUACCUAAAAUUAAGACCACAUAUCCCAUAAGCCCCACUGCAACCUGCUCCAUUUUUAAAAGAAAGGAAAAGUAUAAAAGCUGUCAGUAACAGCUAACGUGUUUUAUUGUGACACAGUAUGCUAACGUGAAGUUGUGUUACCUUACCAGGUACAAACAGUUCCACUUUUAUGCUAAAGUAAAAAAAAAUUGACAGUUAAUGUAACAUGCAACGUAGCGGCUAGCAGAGACAAGUAUACCCACAUAAAAAAAAUUAUAGUUAUGAUUUGUUAGCAUUGAAAUGCUACACAUAGCACGUUCCUGCUUUGCCCUUUUACCCGAUAAAGUACAAAGCAGCAAGAUAAUAUCACACAUCUGCACUAAGAACCACAGCAGGAAGAUCCGCAUCACAGAUCAUUUUGCUACAAUACAUGCAUUCACAUGCUAGUUAGUCACAGAUUGAAAAUUCAUAUCAAAGUUAUGGUGUGCUAUUGCCAUACAGCUCUGAUAUACUUCCUUUUUACUGCGUGCUUGUGUGAGCAUGAUGGUUCCUUUGGACCGUGUGUUGUGUACGUUCUCAAAAAUGAUCAUGAUACAUUCCAGACGAGGUCGCUAAGCUAAAGAAUUUAAUGGAUGUGAAAGAGAACUAGAUACAGCGUCGGAGGCAGGGCCUUGUUCGUUUCUAUAGAAGUUGCUCAGUAGUGCAUGAAGCAAAGAAAGUUCGAUUUCACGGGGGAUAAAGUUAGCUCAAAUCAUUUGGCCCAAAACAAGCGCACGAGAGACUUCUGAAAGCAGAGUUGGUUACUUCCAGUUUUGCCUUUUGCUCACUUGAAUGGGGCCAGAAAUAUUCCAGUGUGCGACUCUUCUAGACUUACCAACUAGAUCAAAUCCCGAUUGUGUAAUGAGUCAUUUUGCUAAGUUUGUGAUGCCCAAAAAUAAAUCCCCUAAUACAAAGACCUUUCUUUCCCAAUAUAAGUCAUGAUUUGGCCACUAUGUCCAACUGGCUUUGAAGUCCAACGCACUUCCCAGGGGCCUGAAUAGAGCUUGUUGCCAUUUUUCUCUACCAUGAACUCAAUAAUCAACAAUAGAGCGUCACCAUGUAAAGUUGUAAAGAAGAUUUUUCAGUGUAGGACAAUGGUGAUUUGGCCUAUGAUGAUGUAGACCUCAUCUGCCAAAUCACCUUUGGCAUCAAAUAGCCAUGGUCUGGGUAGCAGAUCUCUAGACCCAGUUUAUACAGAGUUUGGACCAUUUCUUGCGUCAAACUUUGGACUCUGGUUGGGUUUGGUUAAUGUAAAAUAUGCCAGUUUACUGAAGUCCUGUUUGUCAUACAGUAGAUAUGUAAGACACAGACAGCAGCAAUUUGCAUUAGUUUGGCAAGGUAAAGUUUGGUUCUUGGCUUUGGUCAAGUUUGGCACUAGCAUGUGGGUUCUUUUUGGUCUUGACUUCAAGAGCUUGUUUAGACCUGGCAUUAGCAUGUGUUCCAGAACACCAGACACAACUGGACAGUUCACACUUGUUACUAUCAUGCAUCCACAGCUGACCACUUGUGUAUUGUGUUAGUACAGCUAGAGAAAUCACUGUCAUCAGACUCCAACAAUGUCCUUCAGUAGGGUAAAACGAUGGACAGUCAAACUGCAUCCAACUCAGCCGUCAUGUCCGGUAACAAUGAUGUAGUCCUUGUUGGGGACGCUAAUGUGUUGUGUUUCCUAGAACAAAGGCAUGACCCACCCUAGCCUGCCUUACCCUGCAUCAGCAUGGCUUACCCUGACAUUCUUACCCUAACCAAUCCCACUCCUCUUGCCUAUACUUAACCAACCCAACCAAAGAAGGCAACUAGUACUAGCCAAUCAGAAGGAAGGUAGGGCAGGUCAUGCCUUUGCUAUCUUAGUAAAAGCAAAUUCAAAAUGGGGACGCAUCAGAUGCAUUAUCAUUCACACAAAUGUUCCAGACCACCUGGAACCACCAGACCAAAUGGUUUGAGUGAUCUGACCAAGAUGCCUCUUGGUGGUUUUUUAUACUUGUAUUUAGUUUUGUCCACUUGCGGCCAGAUCACCCAAGACCAGGUGCAAUACCAGGUGUAAAAGGGUAACUGAUGCAAGUAUGAUCCAGGUUCACGUCUCAGCUUUAUGCCUGUGAGAUACUACUAAAUGACCCCCCUGAAGGUAUACUUUAAAAACAUCCAGGGUAGGGUUGAAGGAGAUGAUGAUAUACACCAAAAGUCCAUGUAUUUUCUAGAGAGAACCAUUUUGUAAUGCCUACUGUUGUGCAAGGGUUAUUGUUUUUUUAGAAAUGUCAUUGGAAAGUUAACUAACUCAUGACAUAUGUCAAUAUUGUGAAAAAGGAUUACAUAUACCCCUAAUCUCUAGUACUCCACACAGGCAAGUAUGUGAUCAAUGCUUCCGUAUUUGCAUUGGAGCCAUUUGUUUAUGCAUUCAUUUAGGUUUAAAAAAAAGCAAGUAUAUCAUGAUCUUAAGGCUUGGUACAAAGUGAUUAGUAGUGCUCAUUUAGGUUCAAGUACUGUAGAGUAUGGCUGCAUUCUUCUUAUUGUGAUUAUUUUAUAACUUAUGUCCAUAUCACUGGAGCAUAUUAAGGUUUUCCAUCACCCUUCUCACUGUACUGUAUGUGUAAUCUACUGAGGAUGACUACUAAAAGACAACAUUCAAACACAUUUGGAGAUAGUGUUUGCACUUAACAGGGAACAUACGCUUUUUUUCCAAAUAUUGAAUCACCCCUCUUAAUCACAUUCCCUCGAACUGUUUGUUGCUUUUGCUGGUUCUUAGAAUAAUGACCCUCUUUGUUCCCUGAACCUCUCAGUAGGACAAAAGGUCUCAGUAGGCUUCAAAGAAACUAUGUCAUACAACUUGUACUCCAAACUAGUUUAAAGUUGCACUUAUUUUAGGGUGGGGCUGUUUGAAUGACAGACUGUAUGCGAGGCGUUGAGUCAGAUCCACCCUUUUGUCCAAAUAUGGUCUCUUCUGGCUCCAAAAAAACAAUAUGGCGAUGGCCAAAAUGCUUAACUCAAGCCCACGGUAGCUAUGUCUGUUAUUUAUACAUUCUACGUUUUUAACAUGGGGGGUCUAUGGGAAUGGACUCGCUUUUGGGGCCAGCCCCAAUUGGCUGUACAAGGAACUGCUGUUUUUUGCACUUUGCAUUGGCUUGAUAUAUUAGCCCCCAGAGGUCUUGCUUGGUCCAAACCAAAUGAACAUAACUACAGUUGUGCAAGCAACCUCAAAUGAUGUAAUAAACUCUUCCUUUGAAGCAUACUGAGGUUAAAAAUAUUUUAAAAAUGUUUACUGUAUUUCUUAUUACACUAUGGGAGACUCAGAUCUUUACAAAUCAGACAGAAAGACAAACAGUUGCUGAAAGUGACUAUAUUAGGUCACAUCAGAGGGAUAUGAGUAUGUACAGUUACAGUAAGGUCAUUCCAAACUUAAACUGGAAACAAACAGUGUGUAAUGUGAAAAUGUGUUUGUUUUUUUCCCUUCACAGAUGUAUGAAUAUAUACAGAAGCUCCCAGUGGGAAGCAGUGACUAUCAGUUCAUUAGUUUAAGUUAAGACUGUUUAAGGUGCUUUUUGCUUUGAAUGCUUGAAGACUGUUUGGUGAUGAUGUUGUAUUUUUAGGCUUAUUGUGUGGUGGCUGAAUUUGCUCUGCUGUAUGUGUGUGCUAGUGUUUUUUCUUUGAACAGAAAAAAAUGUUACCAGAUUUAUUGAAGAAUGUCUUUGUUUUGGCCAGCGAGUGCACUCAGAGGAUUUGGGGUUGGAUUUGAAGACAUGAUUAAUUUAAACAGCACUUGUUGUAGUAUUAUGAUUCAUAUUAUGUAUAUGUAAUACAUAAAUCAGUGGUCCUAAAAACCUUUAGUGUAGAUGCGAGAAAUCUUUUGCUUUUUAGCCGGGUCUUUAACAAUCCAUAGACACAAACUCUACAAUGAACUUAACCCUUUAAGACUUGGGUUAAUAUCAGUUUUCUUGUGCUGCAUUCAGACGCCUUUCACAAGCAUUUAAAUCAUUAAAUCCCGAGCAAAUUGGUCUAGAAACAUAGGGAAUCAAGCAAUGAGCAACAUGGCAAGAAAUGUCCUGCAAAUUGGAGAAAAAUAGUAGAUUAAGAAAACUGCGUUUUAAAAAAUUCCAACAAACUAUAUUUAAAAUUCUCAUAAUUGUAUAUUUAAAAAUAUUUAGAUAAUAUAUUUAGAUAAUAUUUAUUUCCUUUUUAUUUUAAGUUGGUCUUUUUUUUUACUUUCCACCUUUUCUUGGUGGUGGUGGCUAAGUUCCAGGCGAUUUUCUUGCUAAUUUAUGGUUCAGUUCUUCUUCAGUUGCUCAUUGCCUUCUUCCUAAAAUUUUGAAAAAUAUCAAGCCAUUUCAAAGGGUUGAGAGGGAUAUUUGAAAUUUGGGGAAAUCUAAAAUAUUUUCUUGUCAGGAGUUAGAUUAGAAAGGAUACUGAAUUGCCACCCAAUUUAUGAUAAAUUAUGUAUAAGAAACUACCACCUCACCAUAAUUGAAACACGUCUUGGCGAUGAGUAUUUAAAAAGGAAAUAUUAAAGGGACAGUUAAGAUUUUCUGAAGUCGGGUUGUAUGGAGUACUUAUCUAUAGUCUGUGUGUUACAUGCUCCCAGUUUAAAAAAGCAGGCAGAAGUCCAACAGGGAAGCUAAGCAAUGUAUUAUAAAAUGUAUUUCAGCCACCUAAAAAAAGUCUCACCCAAAAAAAUCUGUCAUUUUAAGUGUUCGCUAUAUUGUCAAUAGUUUCACUGCAUUACCUUUCAGUCAGGCAGCUUUAUUUCAAUGGGGAAGUUGUAACUAGCUUCAUACUCUUGUCAGAGUCACCAGACUCCAUUGAGAAAAGCAAUAAUUUAUGUCGAUGAACACUGAAGCUGCUCCCAACUAUCCUUGUAAACAUCAAAGUCGCACAAUAACGCAAACAAAAUAACUGUUCAAAGCAGCAAUUGACCAACAGCUCCUGUGUUCAGGGAUGUAAAAUUAUUGU